CCGUGAGAAAUCAGACCAUUCUCAGACACGCAUUCUGCGCAUUUUCGCCCAGCUGACUUGACCUUCACACUCCUGCGUCAUAAGUCAAUGCAAUUGAUGGAUGCAAUGGCAUCCGAUCAGCCGUCCCGGCCAUCGAUAUCCCAACCUAUCCCUUCACGAGCUCCUCUUCCCUUGUCCGCAAGCCAAGAACAGCAGGUUCGAGAUAUAUAUCACAAACGCGUGCGCGCAAAGUGUGCAGAUGAGAUAAAGGAGUUUGCCAUGUGUGCGCGCCAGCACUCGUUCCUUGCAACAUUUUCCUGCAAGGAAGCACAGCGCAUAAUGAACAGCUGCAUGAUGCGGUACGCGACUUUGGAAGAGCAGGACAGGGCGCGAGAAGAAUGGUUCGCGACAAGAGAUCAGAGACGGAAAGAGAGGGAGCUCAAAGAGGAGAAGAGGAAGGAGGCCGAGCGGAUACACCGCCAAUGGUGGGGAUUAGAUGAGCAUGGUAGGAGGAUAGUGAAACCGGAGAGCAAUACGGGAUCUGAAAAUGAUCUCGCCAAGAUGGAAGAACUGGCUAAAGCAGUUAUUGAGCAGAAAAAGGAUGAGAAGAAGAGGUGAUGAGCUCCCUGUGGGAAGACUGACUGCGGACCAUGACAUGAAUUGGUCUUCUAUCUUUUUUUGUCUUUUGAGCUCAGAGCGCAUCUCGAAGUUCUGAGGUCGUCUAUCGUGCGCUUGGCUUCUAGCACCAUCAUCGUGAAAAGAUUGUAAGAUUAUAUGCAUAGCGAUGGCGUUUCAUUGGGACUGCGUCGACCGAUGUUGGUCGAAGGAGGAACUCUCUCCACUUGAAUUGCGAACAAUAUCUGGGUUGCUGUGUGCAUUUGUGAGAACUCUCGGUAAUUGUGCAUGCCAAUACCCUUAUCAAACA